GAAAAACCUUCAAUCUCUAUAGCGGCGCUGUACAGAACAAGAUGGCGACAUCCGAGACACAAACGAUCAGAAUUGGCUACGUGCCCGAGCAUUAUUUGGCUCCCCUCCACCUCGCUGCCCGAUCCGCUUUCUCGUCCCUCCCAUUCAAUGUUACCCUUAAGGCCUUCCCCUCUGGCACCGGACAUAUGAUAACUUCUUUACGGCAAAAUGAGAUAGAUAUUGGAAUUGGUCUUACUGAGGGUUGGGUUGCCGGGUUGGUUGGAAAGGAGCAGGUUGAGAAAGGCCCUGAUGCAGACGGGGGAUAUAAAGUGGUUGGGCAGUGGGUAGAGACGCCCUUGAGGUGGGCCAUUGUCACGGGGAGACAGAGAGCGAACAUUGACAGUGUGGAUGAUUUGAAAGGUGGAAGGGUGGGUGUGAGUCGAUUGGGAAGCGGAUCUCAUAUCAUGUCCUUCGUUCUUGCGAAGCAGCAAAAUUGGCCAAUUCCCGCACCUCUUACUCCGGUUAUCCUAGGUCCUUUCGGGUCACUCCGAGAUGGAGUGACGGGGAAGGGUCCCAAUGAGUCGGAUGCGGAGCAUCCGACUGCAGAUUUCUUCAUGUGGGAGCAAUUCACCACCAAGCCGUAUUUUGAUGCCACUCCCGCCACUCCAUCUCCUCCGCUAAAGAAAAUCGGGGAGAUAUUUACACCAUGGCCUUCAUGGCAUAUUGCAGCGUCUUCCUCAAAAUUUCCAAAUCCCGAAAACGAUCCUCGAUUAACGCAACUCAUGGAGGCUCUGGAUCACGGCAUUGCUGCAUUUGAAGCCGAUACAGCACAUGUUGUUGCAUUGUUGGGAACAGGAGAACUGGGAUGCACUUAUUCAAAAGAAGAUGCUACUGAGUGGUUGAAAGACGUCAGGUUUGUCAAGGGAGGCACUAAGGGUAUUCGAAGGGAUAUCAUUAAGAACGUUGUUGAUAUUUUGAAGAAUGCUGACGUUGUGCCAAAUGAGAUUGGCAACGAUGAGGCUGUGAGAAGAGUUGCUGGUAUCCUUCGAGAGCAGUAGCUCAGGCUGGAUCUUGAUAUAUAUCUUGGUGGAAAUCAAGUUGAUUC